UUAAAUUCACAACUUAUGUAUAACAAGGAAGCUCAACAAUCUUCGUAAAAAAGUACAAUAUAUUUAUUUAAUGUAAUGUAAGCAGUACGCUAAUCAAUGUUUGCAAAGUCUCAGAUUCUACUGUAGAUAGAGUCUAAAUCUAGACUAGGCCUCUUCUCAGUCUCAGGACAAUGGGUGAUUUUUUAAAGGGUCUCCCAUCUUAUAAUGAAAGCAACUUCACCAGAUUCCAUUCUGACUCUAGUCACAGAUAUAAUAAACCAACUGUGUAUAUAUCAACAAAAGAUUACCCAUCAGAACAAGUAAUAACAACAGAGAAGACCAACAUAUUGUUAAGAUAUCUACAUCAGCAAUGGGAUAAAAAGCAUGUUUCUCAAAGCGGAGGCAAGAAACGAGACAGCCAGCGUGCUAAUUUGUCUGAAUUAAGUGAAGGAAGCUCAUCAUCCAAAGUUGCCCGAGUCAACUCCACAGACAGCAGCUAAAGUAGAUUAGUUUAGACAAUUAUCAUUAUUGCUCAUGACUUGGAAGUUGUUUUUCAUACUUUAAGUUUUUCAUUUUUUCUUGUUUUUUUUGUUUGUCUAAGACCCACAUCUGUACAAAAAUAUUAAUAAAGUUUCCAUUUCCACUAGCCUAGACUUGAAGUAACCAGUAAUGGUAAUAUGAAAUUUCAAGCUUGCAUGAUUUACGGGUUAAAAAGUUCUGUUAAACUAAGUUUAGUGUAAAUAAUUUAUAGUUAAGUUAAUAUUUCUGCAUUUUAGCUGAUUAUGAUUAUUAGUAUAUUAAUAGCCAAACAUUAGGAUUUUUUAUCUACUAAAUGUCAUGGUUGAAAGGUUGAAAUUGAUGCUAAAAGGCAUGUUUUAACAAAACCAAUAAUACAAUUUUAUAUGAGCAUUCUUUCCUUUUAACUUGAAUAUAUUCACAUGAUUCAGAAAUUAUCAGCAUCAUAAAAUCUAUUACAGUGUUCUGGAAUAUUUUUGUAUCAAAAGACCAACCUGUGAUGUGCUUUUAUAAUGCUGAAAAUGUGCAACUGAUCUUUAUAAUUUUCUCUCAUGUAAUGUUCACUAUUUUGCUAGUUUAUUAACUUGGUUUGAUCAUGUGUAUUCAAAUAUGAUUACAUUGUGUUGCAGUCACAUUUUUCUUCUUUGAACAUAUUCUGUAAAUAUUUACCACAUAAAAUGUAUGCUGUUUUAACUUAUUGAAUGAAAGCCAGUCAGUACUAGUAAAACUAUUCCAUUCAAUCAGUUAAGAAUCAUGAUAAAAUGCUUUAAACUUUCAGUUAUUUAGUAAAUUUGAGCAGAUUUCAAACUUUUACAACAGUUAAUGUUGUUCAGCUAUUAACAACAAUGUCCAACUAAGUUGUCUGGUGAAAGCCUGUUUCUAAGCUUUUGAUAUGCUAGGAAGAAUCCACUCCUGUUAUUUGAUGAUUGAAUAAAACAUUUGCUCCUAUAAA